GCUAAAUGAUUCAGUAGCAUAAUUUCUGCCAGUAGCAUAAUUUUUGUCAGUGGCAUGAUACAAAAAAAAAAUGGACGAACCAAAGAUUAAAGAGGGAGCAAGUGAUUUUAAUUUAAAAGAAGGAAAUGAAGAAAAUACAAAUAUCGCGAGAGAAGAAUAUAGUCAAGUGGAUUCCCUGCCAGAUCGGAAUUCUAAAGAAAGCCAAAGAGAUAAAAUUUUUACCAUUGGAACAAAUUCAGACAGGACUCCUGUUCAGAAAAUUUCGCCGAAUACAGAUUUUAAAGACGAUAUUUCAGAGGUCAAUUCUGAAGUAGUUUUAAGAACACAUUCUAGGACUGAUAAAAGACGAAUUUUGUCUACUAGCGUCGCGCCAACGGUAUACCUAAGUCCUAGAAGGACUAAUUCCUCGCAGGAUGUCCGGUCUGGAAGACCGAAAAGUGGAAUGAAAAAAAAUGAUAGUAUGGUAUUAAAUUUAGUAAUACCUGCUCAUCCAUCUCCAACUAAUAACUAUUCCACAUCUUUUUCUUAUGAUAAUAUAGUGGCGAAUGGCAAUUUGAAGGAGAGGCACAAACAUCCAACGUACAGUCCAAACAGUAAUGAGGAGUACCCAAUGUAUAUUAAUGGAGGUCAUAUCAACCGUGGGUAUUCGUCUUGUGAUCUUACAGAGGGCGUAUUGGAUAUACUAAUCAAUACAUUUAGUAUAUUUUACGCUUUAUUCAAUGUGACAGUUGGUCUUGCAGUCUACGUUGCUGAUAUUAUAGAUGGGUCCCAUCCAACAGCUGAGAUUUUUAGUUUAGUUCUAGUUUCAAUAGCCUGUAUAUAUCUACUUUACCUGAUUAUUGAUAUUUCCAUAUUUAUGAACAAAAAACGAUCGUACGAGCAACUAAUAGAGAAAAAUCUCCCCGAAAACAUAGACAUAACUGAGACACCGGAUGGUACAUUUCAGUUCAACAUAGCACUUCCGGAAAUUGUAAAGAUGGGAAAGGAUAUUAAACACGAUUACUGCUUUAAUAAAGAUAGGCAUAAAUGUGGUUCUAACCUUGUUGCCCAUAGCUACGAUGGUACUGCCGUAAUGGCUGGCCAUUUAAGAGGUCUUCAAGCUAAAGUAAAAGAAAAGUUUAAACAUGCAAUUUUCGUUCACUGUAUAGCACAUAUACUCAAUUUGGUUUUAUCGCGAAGCAUGGAUAAUAUUAAAGAUUGUAAAGUUUUCUUUUCGACGCUUGGUGGUUUUGGCUUCCUUCUUUUCAAAGUCAUCGAAAAGAACUUGAUUGCCAGGGGGUGGCUCUGUGGGGGUUCGCGGGGGGUGAAUUGGGAUAAUUACGCCUUUGUCAGCACUGAUUCAGAGCUCCUGCCAAACUGCAUUUAUCCUAGACGCGUGGCGUCGACGAUGUUCGACCACAUCCCAGAUACGAGAAAAACCUGGAAGACAGCUCAUCACCUUUUUGCUUUUAAUAAACAUUUCAUUAUGGUAAAAGGAAUAGGGCCGAUCUCUUCGCCUUUUAGUAAUGUUGUUAAUCGAGUUAAAAACAACAGAUCUGCCUUCCAUCCGAAUCAAAUGGAUUUUUACGGGAUACUGGCUUGGAAUAUAAUUACUCACGUGUCGAUGCCACUUGUUGUUUCCUACAGAUUCCAGGCCACCGUUUGUUUUUACGAAAUAUGGAAACACGUGUACAAACGACCCAUUAAACCCGAUUUAAGUAUACAUCAAAGUGAUGUUCUUACAUAAAAUUCAUUCAUUUGAACGAACAUUUACCUUACGGAUAGCCUCAGUAACUACGACUUUUUGUAAAAGUUGUAAGAUAAAAUUUUA